AUGCCCGGUGUGGCCAUAACCAUGGAUAUCUGGUCCUCCGGCCAUGGAUCUUUACACCACCAAGCCGCUAUGAACUCAAUUUCGACAUCAUCAAUUCACCCCGGUCUGGACCCUGACCCUCUGCAGUCAUCAGCCUUAAGUCCUGCCAUGUGCCAGGCAGCAUACCCAGGAUCAUUGUCGCUUCACAACUAUCGCAAACAACUCUCCGACGGCGACUCCUUCAUCCUCGAGAGCCAGGAGGGAAAGAUCUUGAGACGGAAGAACGCUGCAUUGCAUCUCAACCAAACCCAAAUGUAUCCGCUUCACUCCGCGCAUCCGUUCUCGGUGUCUUCGGCGGCAUCGAGCCCUCCCCCGCUCUCGCCGUCAUACUCUCCAAGCGCCAUGAGUGAGCAAGGCCCGGAGAGUCUCCAUGGCUUCGUUUUGUCCCCGAAUGUAGACAUGCAUUCCUCGGACAGCCCGAUAUACUCCAAACAGAACCCACACAGUCUACUCGAUACAUUUCGUGAUCGAUUGGAGGAAUACCCAGACUCGAACCAGGACCGGGAAGGCUCUCUCCAUAGGCACACCAGGACUCGUUCAGAUUCCAUGUUGUUGAACAUGAAGAAACGAACCGCAACCGUGAUCGAUCAUGGCACAUCAUUCGAGAUUAUCAACCCACAUGAGUCACUCAACUUUGCUCGAAUAGUGUCUUUCAUCGAGGAUGUUGACACUUAUUCAUCCCGAGGCUCGACCGGAAACCACCGAGAAUCAUAUAUAGAAUUGGCCAACGAUGCGCUUGUCAUACCCGAAUACGAACUGCCUCGAAGCCUUCCACCGAUGGAUCCAGCCCCUGAGCAAGACGAACAACAAGUUCAUGACGAGCUCGUCGGCGAUUCUCCGCACCAGCCUAUGCCAUCCAUCUCAGAGCGCCUAGAAAUCAACGACUCUGAUGACAUGGAAUCAAGAUACUCACGGUCCCCAGGGCACACGAAACGCCAGCCGCCACCCUUGCGACCAAGAGCUGGGACCGACGAAAGCGAUCUGGGGGAGCCGGGCUCUCCUAUUCGCUAUGACGAGGAUUACCCACCACCCAUCUCAUUGCAACGUCCAUCCACAUCACCCUUCCCAAUGGAUGGGCACGGACACCAACGAUCACCAAUUCCACACCCAGCAGCAUACUAUGACAUGAGUAUCUGGCAGCGAGCUCCCCACUUCCAAGACGGACAUGGCCUGCCUCAUCCCCUGUAUUCAAACCCGCCAUCACCCUACGCAAGUCCAUCACCUUUCCCAGCCCAACACGAGGCCCAAAAGAUCCACAUCCACCACAACAUCUCCAAGCGAUCUCUCAAGAAUCGCAAGAAAAACGACAAGGCGAAAGCCGGACCGCUAAACCCUUUCAAACGACUAUACAGCAUGUUUCGGAAGAAACGGCGAUAA